AUGCAUUCCUCCAUCCUCACGCUGGGCCUUGCAGCCUUGCUCAAUGGUGCGUUUGCACAGAACAACUCCUACUCUCAGUACUCCAUCAAGACCACAUACGACUCUUCCAACUUCUUCGAAGCCUUUGAAUUCUUCAACGAGAAGGAUCCUACAAACGGCUUUGUUGACUACGUCGAUGCCGACGCCGCCAACUCUGAGGGUUUGGCUGGCUAUGUCGAUGGCGCUGUCUACAUGGGUGUAGACUACCAGACAAAGAACCCCUCCAACGGCCGAAGGUCUGUCCGUGUCACCUCUCACGACGCUUUCACUCACGGUCUCUUCAUCGCCGAUAUUGCCCAUAUGCCUGGCAGCAUCCCCGGUGUCUGGCCCGCAUACUGGAUGUUCGGCCCCAACUGGCCAACUUCUGGCGAGAUUGACAUCCUCGAGGGCGUCAACACUCAGACCCAGAACAAGAUCAGUCUCCACACUGGGCCUGGCUGCAGCAUCACCAACGAUGGCACCACUCAGGGCACGACCCUCGAGUCCGAGAACUGCGAUUCUGCUGGUGCCUCCGCCGGCUGUGGCCAGAACACCUCAGACAACCAGAACUACGGCGAUGGCUUCAAUGACAUCGGCGGCGGAGUCUACGCCACUGAGUGGACAUCCGACCACAUUGCUGUGUGGUUCUUCCACCGUGGUCGCAUCCCGCAGGAUAUCCAGUCCGGUAACCCCACCCCUUCAUCCUGGGGUCCUCCCGCUGCCAAAUUCAACGGCGGCCAAGGCUGCAACAUCGACGAUCACUUCAAGGAGAACAACAUCGUCUUUGAUACCACUUUCUGUGGUGACUGGGCUGGCUCUCCUGAUGUCUGGGGCAAGAACCCAGAGACCUCGUCUUUGGGAGACUGCAAGGACUAUGUUGCCAACAACCCUGCCGACUUCAAGAACGCCUACUGGCUUGUAAACAGUAUCAAGGUUUACGUCCAGGGAGGCUCGUACGGUGGUGGUGGUGGUGGUGGUGGUAACGGAACCACCGGUGGCGGCAACUCUGGCAGCGGUAACAGCGGUAGUGGUAACAGUGGUAACGGCAACUCUGGCAACGGCAACUCAGGAAAUGGAAAUUCUGGUAACGGCAACUCUGGCAAUGGCAACUCUGGUAAUGGCAACUCCGGUAACGGAAACUCGGGCAAUGGAAACUCGGGCAACGGAAACAGUGGCAAUGGCAACAGCGGUGACGGCCAGAGCGGAAAUGGCGAUGGCCAGACCAACUCACCCAGCAGUACUCAGCCAGGACAAGACACCCAGAACGGUCAGCAAGGUCAGAACGGUGAUGAAUACUCUCCUGACAGUCAACAAGGCCAGGGCGGUGGCUACAGCACUGGUCAAAGUUACGACAAUGGCCAAUACCAUGGCCCCGGAGCCUACAAGGCCACCAAGUCCCAACCGAGCGGCACCACAAGCUGGGACGGAAACGGUUGGCAAGUCGGGUCCAAGCGAUCCGUCAUCUCGAAGCGAUAUCUUGCAUGA